CAGUGCGAUGCUAUGCUUCCCUCUCUCCCUCCCUCCCUCGCUCCCCUUCGGUAUAUCUAUGGCCCAUCAACCUGGCCCCUCAGAUCAACGUAACAAUGCACUCGUCGACCAUCCACAUGUUGAUGAAGCCAGGGAGAGACACAUGUUGAUGCAGCCAGGGAGAGACAAAAAUACUCAAAGCACAAAGCCUAAGAUACACGGCGCAGCCAAGCUGCCCCCCCACCCUCGAUGCGCAAAGAUGGGAAAUAACGCCAUCCGCUGCAUCGUUGCGUCCAUCCAUCCAUCCAUGAGGCCAGACACACGCAAAUGAAUACACACACGUACACGACACGAAGGAGGCAAAAAGACAUUCGCUCAGCCGGCCACUCAAAAUCCCUGACAUCAACACACAAACAGAGGACGGCAGUGAUUUGGUGAGGAUGCAUGUCUCUCGUGCCGUCCCACUUGAUCACUCACUUGUGGGUGUUGCGUGGGUGCACCGGUAUCGGUGAGCAGGUGGUACGGGCCGCUACUGGCCACUGCGGGCAGCCCGCCCUCGUCCACCUGUUCACUCACGGAAUGCGCAAUGUCCAUCUCGAGAUCACUCUGAUCGAUCAGGCAAAGACACACAUACUCACACAGACAGACAGAGCCCUCCCUCCCUCCCUCCCUGUGUCCCUUGACUCACCAUGAACAUGUUGCGCAGAAUCUCCUCUCUGCCCAGCAUCGCCGACCGCCGGUGCAGCUCGUCCAGCGUGGGGUCGGCACUCGCCCGACGCAAAAUCGUCCCGAGGUUGCCCCUCCUCAACGAAGAGGACGGCUGCCUACCGACACCGACCUCCCCAGCCACUGGCAAUGCCGCGCCAUUGCGGCCGUUAACCUCUGGCGGCAUUUCUCCCAGGAAGUCAGUCUCGCCGACGAUGACCUCGGAAAUGUCCUUGCUGCCGGUGCGCGUCUCGAGUUCUUUCUUCUUUUGGUUUUUGAUGCUCUCGAGGGUGACGAAGGCGUCAACAACGGCGGCGACGAGGAUGUUGAGAAUGAGGAUGACGCAGAUGAUGUUGAAGGAGACCGUGUAGAGGCGGCAGAGCUUCCCGGCAGUGACCAGCUCCAAGCCGUCCUCCAGCACCUGCAGGACAUUCAGUCAUCACACACUUGUGGAUGCGUGUGUGAGUUGUGUUGUGUGUGAUGGUUGGUUGUUUGGUUACGUUCCAGUUGUUGACGAUGAGCAUUGAGAAGAGGGCCGUGAGUGCGCCAGGCAUGUUGUUGAAGUUGCAGCCCCAAAACUGCGCGUCAGACCUGCACACACGACACACAGAUGAGACAAUCGGGGAGAGAGGUGACUUUCCUAUACUCUUUCUCGUCAUGUUGCUGACCAGUCUGUGUGUUGCAGCACGGGUGUGUCGGGCCAGAUGAGUCCACCGAACCAUUGGAUGCCCACAACGCCGUACACGUAGAAACACACACACAGGAUGGAGCUCACUUGCAGGAAGGCACCCGUGGUGAACCAUAGCGACACACCUGAAGACGUACACACACACACACACACACACAAUGUAACCACACCAAACAGAUCGCACCCGUUCACGAUCACACAGAGCGACACGUGUGUGCUUCCUCCCCUCCCUUCUUACACAGCUGCUCCACCCUGGGAAUGUGCCAGAGCACCCGCCCCAGCCGCAGCAUCUGCACCACCGCCAGCGUCCUGGUCGAGAUCUCCAGGCUCCAUGACACAGCGUCAUGCGACCCCUCCCCCCCGCCCCCGGCGGCCGCCGCUCCGGGCGGGAAGAACACCGCCAGAAAGGCCAGGAUGGCCGCCUGGGCCGCGAACACCAGGGUGUCGAACCGGUUGGGUAUCUGUGCUGUUCUGUUCCACACCCGCUCAAAGCCCACGCAAAAGAAGGCCGCCAGCAGGUCGAUGGCGAAGGCGCACAGGAGGACCAGCUGCAUGAUGCCCCAGAAGGGGACAUAGGAACCGUAGGGCACCCACACCUGUGUCGUGUGGUAGACAAAUCGAUCCACAGGCAUACACAUACACCAUGAGUCGCUUAAGCGGCCUCGUUUCUCUGUCCCUCUUUCUCCCCCCUGUCUCUCUCACUUCGGUGGCUUGCGCGAGGGUCUUGGCGUUGAGGAAGGAGAGGGUCUGUGCCAGGGUGACCACGGCACUCACGACCACACAGGCGUCCAUGACCAGCCCCCAGACGAGCGAGGCCGUCAGGUGCCCCACCUGCAUCUGGAUGCGCCGCAGGAUGCCCAUCCGCUCCACCGGCGGGUUCUUGACCAGAUGCACAGCGGGGUCGGCCAUCACCACCGCAAGCCGCAAGAACUCAUGCAGCUCCAGCAGCCCCGACCUGCACAGCACACACACAUCCAUUAAGAGAGGACGGAGUGGUUCCUUUCUCCUCCUCACUGCAGACUCACUCAGUCACUCACCCAGAGAGGUCCAUCAGCUCGAAUAUCCUCUCAGCCCGGCCCGUCUGGUACUCGAGCACAUCGCUCUGCAGCGUCUCCUCAAUGCUGUCCCGCUGGGGGUACGCCAGCCGCAACAAGGGACCCCCCACACUCAGCCGACUGGCAGAGGCCAGCCGCGUCAGCAGCGCCAUGGAGGGUGUGGGCGCGCCCCUCUCCCCCUGUGACUCUGGCGCGCUGUCGCUCCGCCUGAAUGAGUGGGACCGUCUCCGCCUCUUGAUGCACGACCGACAGAUGCCGCGCGGCUUAAGGGCGAGCCGAGGGUGGCUGGUCACUGGCGAGAAGUAGCCGAGGAAAAACUCGACGAAUGUCUCGCGGUCGAUGCCGUUGCCUUCGGGCGUCUCGGUGCGGAGCAGAUCGUAGGCGAUCUCGAUGGAGCGGUCCCGUGACGUGUAAAAGGCGCGCACCUCAUCGCCUGACCGACAAGCAGACAGACAGACAGACAGACAAUCCAUUCACGGAACGACCCGCAUGGCAUAACAAUGACGGACGAACGCAGCCGCCCACUCACUCACCGAGUUCCUCCCUGUAGUAGUAGUAGAAGGCCGCUUUGAGGACGUUGGAGAGGAGGAAGAGGGUGACGACCAUGAAGAAGACAAAGUAGAGGGCCGCCCAGCGGUUGAUGUUGACGAUGGGCAUCAUCACGUUGGGGAAGUUGACCGUCGUGAAGGUCACAAAGAGAAGGAAGAACGCCUCUGAGAAACUGACACAACCACACACACACACACACACACAGACAGACAGACAGAUAAACAGACAGACAGACAGACAGUCAGGUCGUCCAAUGGCCACACCACACCAUUUUUGUGUGUCCCCAUGGCUCCGCACUGACCUCUCAAAGCCCUCCUCUGCCUCCCUGGUCCGCGCAAAGAUCAGCACGCCGGCCCAGGUGAACAGAAAGAAUACCGCGAAGCAGAGCAGGAAGACGUCCAGGGACGUCACGAGGGUGCGAUACACGCGCACCACCUCCUUCUGCGCCGUCUUGAAGAUGAACACAACCAUCACCUGGACACACACACAUACACACACACACACACACACAUCCACCCUGACCUCUCUCCGGAAAAACUUCCUAACCGGUCUGAACAUUCGUGAGAUGGUGGGCAGUGAGCCGUAGAGCGCCACCCGCCCCAGCUGCAGGCAGUCCACCAGCAGCAGCAGCCCCAAAAGGCUCAGGCCGAUGAUGCGCCUCGGGAAGGUCGUGAUGCUCUUCCGACCAUAGGUUAGGACACGCAUCACAAACCGCGCGCUGAAGACCAGCAGGCAGGCCAUGUCGAGCGUGACGGACAGCCACCACGGCAGCAGGGGGUAGGUGGGGCUCUCGACGAUGCGGCAUGACGCCAGGUCUGAUGGCGUCGCGAUGAGGCCCCGCAUGCACCAGCUGGGGAUCUGAAGGAGAAGGAAGCAAAGGAGGAAUCAUCAGUCCGAGCUGUCGGUGGUGCGUGUGAUGAUGACAGACCUCGAAAAAGACCAGUGUGAGGUAGACGACUGUCGCCACAACCAGGAAGGGCUUCAGGCGGCGCUGCACGACGUACCACACGAGCGACCUCUCGUCGAGCUCCGUGGCCUUAUCGUCAAGGCCUCUCCCCUUCCACGCCCUCUCAACCCAAAGAGCCGCCUGAGGCCCUCACGCACCACACCACACCACACAUCCUGACCUGGAGUGUUCACUCUUCCGUGCACAGCGAUACUGCCCACCUUCUGCAGCCUGGCCACCCUCUCAAUCUCAGUCUCGUUGCCCCGAAGCCCCCCGCUGCUGGUGGCCGUGCUGACGCCGCGGUGAAGACCCGCUCUGCCCACAUCAGCUUGGUAGCGGUCCUCGGCAUCCACCUCGGGAAUGGACGCCGGCUGCGCGGGCAGUGUGGGUGGCUCGGCCGGGAUAUACGCAGUCGCAGGGAAGACCGUGGUGCUUGACUUCCGGCGAAAGCCGGUGGGAGCGCUGCUGGCGUGUGGAGGGCGGGCCGGACUGGCAGAUGCAGACGAGAAUGAAGCACAUCGCGCGAUGUUCAUCGUCGAAGCGUUGGAGGGCUGCACAACCACACGUACGCGAUUGGGACAAUUGAACCACCGAGGAGCAUUCAUACUCAUGGAAAGAUCUGUGUGUUUGACAGUUUUUUUCGUACCAGAUCUGAAAGCUUGUAUACAACCAAAGCGGACGGCCUCGCUGUUUCCAAGAGAUGCUGUUUCCUC